UUCCAACAUGGCGGAAAAAGGAGCAAAUUUUUGACGACUUUUUAUAUUUUUUGCCUCGGCAGCUUUACCCUUGCACUCUUCAGUUACAUGCAAGUCUUUUUGUUCUAGUAGAAGGUCGGUAGCAGUUGUAGGAAUCAUUUUUUCGUAGAUUUUUACGCGUAUGGUCCUAGAUUGAGCGUUACAAGUUGUCCGUGUCGUGCACAUGUUAGGGGUCACCUAAUUAUUUUCCUAGCAGACGACAAACCAGCAACCGCACUGCCAUGUUCUCAACACCAAGACUUCCUCCCAGGACGGUUUUGCCCACUUUUCUUCGCUUGUCUGACGCGUUUACCUCAGAAACUGCGAGGACUACCACAACCUGGACUCGUAGGAACAUACCAGACCAGGUAUUAGCGAUCCCAAAACCUUUGGAAAAACUUUCCAGAUUACCUUUCAACCUUGCGAAUCAAAGGACUGCCUCUCAUUUUACUUCUCGAGACCGUAUGAACAGUAACCCUCCAUUGCUAGGAUGUAAGAGGAGCAAUGGUUUGACAGAAAGUGUACAGAGGCAUGCUGUGAGCAUGUGGACGUCAGGGCGAAAGACAGACUGGCAGAAAGCUCUGUCGGAUGCAGAGAAGGUGGUGGGUUAUCCGACAUCCUUCAUGAGUCUACGUUACCUCCUGAGCGAUGAGCUGUCCAAUGUCGCCAUGCAUCUCAGGAAACUGGUGGGGACGAAGCAUCCUAUCCUCAAGACCGCAAGGGGGUUUGUGUAUGACGGCAACAACAGCAUGCAGACCCGAGGCCUUCUGGUCCUGCUGGUGUCCAAAGCUGCCGGGCCAGGAGGGGAGUGGGAAGAGGAGGAAGAAGAGGAGGAGGAGGAGGAGAGCAAUGGGAGGACCAUGGUGUCUGGCAUCUAUAGAAGCCAGAGAAGUCUUGCAGAGAUCACAGAGAUGAUCCACACGGCUUACCUGAUGCACCGCGGGGUCGUGAACCUGGAGGAGGUGACCUCUGCUGACGGAACCGUCGGGGACAUGUCCUUCGGAAACAAGAUGGCGGUCCUGAGCGGGGACUUCCUCCUGGCUAAUGCCUGCACUGGGCUGGCCCAGCUCAGGAACACUAAGGUUGUGGAGAUAGUAUCCAGUGCUAUAGCCGACAUGAUGGAAGGAUCAUUCCUACUGGAGCAGGAUAACCAGGGGGUCACCUUCCUACCUGACAAGGACUGGAGAAUCAAGGACUGGACCGACCACACCUUCCUGUGCUCAGGCUCUCUCAUCGCCAAGUCCUGCCAGGCUGCCAUGAUGCUGGCUGGACACAUGAUGGAUGUGCAGAAAAAAGCCUACAACUAUGGGAAACACAUGGCACUGGCGCACAGGCUCCAUGCUGACCUCCUGCCCUUCUCAGACUCCAGUGACCCCAACAUGCCCUUUGCCCUGACCUCUGCCCCCCUGGUGCUGCACAUGGAGCAUGCUGGGAGAGCGGCAGUCACCGACAAAAUCACUCAGGUUUCAGACAAGUCGAUGAAGGUUGACUACAAGCAGCUCCGCCUAGAGGUUUUGAGCGGUCCUGCAGUCCAUGCUGCUAAGGAGCUAUGCUACGACCACGCCCAGAGAGCGCUCGCUGCUGUGACCGUGUUCCAGGAGUCAGAGGCUAAAAGUGCCCUGGAGAACAUGACUAGGGCUGUCACCAGGUUCUGAGUACCCUGGAACUAAACUCGUUUUCUGGGCCGCAAGAGCCC